AUUGAUAGUCAAUGGCCUGGAGAGAGGGGGGAGGUAAACAAGAUGGCGGCAACCUGAUAGCAGCUGCAUCAAUAAUAGCAAACCUCAUAUUUAUGCAGACAGAAAAAUAAAACACUACAUAACAUCUGUCGAUAGAGUCUGGAUGUUAAGGUUCUCUGGAGCAGUAUCCUGAGUUGCCAACUGGGAAAGACUAGUGAACUCCAUAGAAGAGCUGACAAUACAUCUAGGACCCAGAGCAUAACCAUACUAAAGACUGAAAUAACUCAUUUAGGUGUGAUUGAGUAUUUAUUGCAUCUGCACUUAGAUCAAGGCAAACCAAUGGUGACCAUGGAUCGCUACAAGGUUCUAUGGCCGUCAUGCUUUGCUUGGCUUUGAAACAGGACUGGUUACCUCUCCGUCUGCAUGUCGCCAUCUCAUAUCAGAUCACAGAUUGAGGUGACAUGGAGCUAAGCAGCGGAAUGUAAACUCAGCCAGACGUCCCACUCUGCUCAGUAGCACCUGUCCCACAGCCUGAACUCUCCACAAAUCUUUUCACCCUGGAACCUUGGCAUCGCUGGGUCUUAGUUAACUACCCCACACCACUCUGGAAACGUUUACAGCUAGCCUACAUCUUGUUCCCACGAACUUAAACUAACCUCUGUGUUUACAGACCUACUCUAUUACAAGGUAAACUGUUUCUCUCAAUGCCUAUGCCUGGCUACACCUCCAAUGUCACUUAGUGUUUUCUAAUUGAACUGUGUCCCUGAGCCACCAGCAUACACAGCCCAAGCCAAAGGCUUGAGGUCACAGUCCACUAUAUUGGAUUGUCUGGACGCUACACGCUACAGUAACUAAGUUGAUUUAACCAUGAGUGUCGGGGAGCUGCAGCACCUGGACUAUCUGACUGAGAAUGAGCUGAUGGGCAUGGACACGUUCAUCCACCGCAUCGACUCCACAGAGGUGAUCUACCAGCCGCGCAGGAAGAGGGCCAAGCUCAUCGGGAAGUACCUGAUGGGAGACCUGUUGGGGGAGGGCUCCUACGGUAAGGUGAAGGAGAUGCUGGACUCUGACACGCUGUGUCGCAGGGCCGUCAAGAUCCUCAAGAAGAAGAAGCUCAGAAGGAUCCCCAAUGGAGAGGCCAACGUGAAGAAGGAGAUCCAGCUGCUCCGGAGACUUCAGAACAAAAAUGUGAUCCAUUUGGUGGACGUGUUGUACAAUGAAGAGAAGCAGAAAAUGUAUAUGGUGAUGGAGUAUUGCGUAUGUGGGAUGCAAGAAAUGCUGGACAGCGUCCCAGAGAAAAGAUUUCCAGUAUUUCAAGCUCACGGGUACUUUUUACAGCUGUUAGAUGGUCUUGAAUAUUUGCACAGCCAGGGAAUCGUUCACAAAGACAUUAAACCAGGGAAUCUGCUGCUGACCACUGACGGCACGCUCAAGAUCUCAGACCUGGGCGUGGCAGAGGCUCUGCACCCGUUUGCGAAGGAUGAUACGUGCCGUACAAGUCAGGGCUCGCCAGCGUUUCAGCCCCCCGAGAUCGCCAACGGCCUGGACACGUUUUCAGGGUUCAAAGUGGACAUCUGGUCCGCAGGCGUCACACUAUACAACAUUACAACGAGUCUAUAUCCGUUUGAAGGGGACAACAUCUAUAAGCUAUUUGAGAACAUUGGGAAGGGAGACUACAGUGUUCCUGAGGAGUGUGGCCCCUCCCUGUCAGACCUAUUGCAAGGAAUGCUUGAAUAUGAUCCCGUCAAGAGGUUUUCCAUACAGCACAUCAGGCAACACAACUGGGUACGUAAAAAACACCCACCAACGGAGCCCCCGGUGCCCAUCCCAGCCAGCGCGGAGAGCCGGGACAUGUGGCGCAGCAUGACGGUGGUGCCCUACCUGGAAGACCUGCACGGCUACACCGAGGAAGAGGACCAGGAGUUCUAUGACCAGGAGGAUGACAUCAUCUACACUCAGGACUUCACUGUGCCAGGGCAGGUACCAGAGGAGGAUUUGGAUGAGGCUGAGGUGGAUUUGAGCCGGGCCAAGCCUGUGUGUGUAAACGGGACGGAGAGCAAGGCCAAGCCAGAGCGCAGGUCCUCUUCCUCAUCCAAUCCCUCCCGCAAAGGAGUCUCCACAGCCAGCAAGAUACGCAAGUUCUCCACCUGCAAACAUCAAUGACCCCACCUCAACAACCCAUCUGGUUUAUCUUUCCCAUCCUUGGCAAGGGUGAGAGAGAACUGCUGAUGUUGUUCCUCCUGAACCAUUUGGCUACAAACUCUUCAAGGAUGUCAUGCGCACAGCGGAGAGAUGGACAGAGAGCAGCAGAGAAACAGACUGUACCCUCAAGGGUCUUUGUGUGAAGUGGCUCUUUGUGUUUCCGUUCAUCCCUCUGUUGUUUUGCUCCCUCCGUCCCCCCCUCUCAGGCUGUCCCAGAGGAGGCAUGGCUGGCCGUGCAAGUCCCACCUUCGUGAACUCUGACCCCAUUGGUUUUUAGUUCUUAGACAACCUUUUAUUUGACAGAACCUAAAGAUACACAUUGUAAAAUAAAUUAGGUUGAUAAAGAAUAGCUCUUCAUUUGAACUAUGAGGAUAGUGAUACUGAUAUGAAAACUGCAUGCUGGAUUGAACUUUGAGAAAGGGAAACUGCUGAGUUAAGGACAGACAAACAGACCUUGGCCUCCACCACUGGUGUGUUGGGAGGGGCUUUUUUGUGUUCAUUAGGUUUUGUUUAUUUUUUCCAAUAAAUCUUUAUUAUUAUUUAUAUAAAACACGUCCCAACCAAAUCCUUGUUGUUGUCUGGCUCCCAUUUAAUUUUAUAUUCUGAACAUACACUGAGUGUACAAAACAUUAAGAACACUGGCUCUUUCUUUUAGACUAUCAAGGUGAAGGCUAUGAUCCCUUUAUAAAUGUCACUUGUUCAAUCCACUUGGAUUGUCUCCGUUCAGAGGAUGAAUGGGCAAGACAACAUAUUUUGGUGCCUUUGAAUGGGGUAUGGUAGUAGGUGCCAGGCGCACUGGGUUGAGUGUGUCAAGAACUGCAACGGUACUGAGUUUUUCCACACUCAGCAGUUUCCCGUUUGUUUCAAGAAUGGUCCACCUCCCAAAGGACAUCAAGCCAACUUGGCACUACUGCAGUGGUAGAAAAAGUACCCAAUUGUUGUACUUGAGUAAAAGUAAAGAUACUUUUAAUAGAAAAUGACUCAGGUGGAAGUCACCCAGUAAAAUACUACUUAAAAGUUAAAGUAUUUGGAUUAAAAUAUACCUAAGUAUCAAAAGUAAGAGUAAAAAUAAUUUCAUACUCUGUAUAUUAAGGAAACCAGAUGGCAUGAUUUUCUUGUUUUUAAAUGUAUGGAGAGCCAGGGGUACAACAACACUCUGACAUUAUUUACUAACGAAGCAUGUGUGUUUAGGCAGCAGGGUGACCAGGGAUGUUCUCUUGAUAAGUGUGAAUUGGACUAUUUUCCUGUCCUGCUAAACAUUUCAAAUGUAAUGAGUACUUUUAGGUGUCAGGGAAACUUGUGAGAAAAGUACAUUAUCUUUAAGGACUAUAAAGUAAAAGUAGUCAAAUAUAUGAAUAGUAAAGUACAGAUUCCCAAAACAACUACUUAAGUAAAAAUACUUUAAAGUACUAUUGAAAUGCUGUGGGAAGCAUUGGAGUCAGUAUGGACCAGCAUCCCUGUGGGAAGCAUUGGAGUCAGUAUGGACCAGCAUCCCUGUGGGAAGCAUUGGAGUCAGUAUGGACCAGCAUCCCUGUGGGAAGCAUUGGAGUCAGUAUGGACCAGCAUCCCUGUGGGAAGCAUUGGAGUCAGUAUGGACCAGCAUCCCUGUGGGAAGCAUUGGAGUCAGUAUGGACCAGCAUCCCUGUGGGAAGCAUUGGAGUCAGUAUGGACCAGCAUCCCUGUGGGAAGCAUUGGAGUCAGUAUGGACCAGCAUCCCUGUGGGAAGCAUUGGAGUCAGUAUGGGCCAGCAUCCCUGUGGGAAGCAUUGGAGUCAGUAUGGGCCAGCAUCCCUGUGGGAAGCAUUGGAGUCAGUAUGGGCCAGCAUCCCUGUGGGAAGCAUUGGAGUCAGUAUGGGCCAGCAUCCCUGUGGGAAGCAUUGGAGUCAGUAUGGGCCAGCAUCCCUGUGGGAAGCAUUGGAGUCAGUAUGGACCAGCAUCCCUGUGGGACGCAUUGGAGUCAGUAUGGGCCAGCAUCCCUGUGGGAAGCAUUGGAGUCAGUAUGGACCAGCAUCCCUGUGGGAAGCAUUGGAGUCAGUAUGGGCCAGCAUCCCUGUGGGAAGCAUUGGAGUCAGUAUGGACCAGCAUCCCUGUGGGAAGCAUUGGAGUCAGUAUGGGCCAGCAUCCCUGUGGGAAGCAUUGGAGUCAGUAUGGACCAGCAUCCCUGUGGGAAGCAUUGGAGUCAGUAUGGGCCAGCAUCCCUGUGGGAAGCAUUGGAGUCAGUAUGGACCAGCAUCCCUGUGGGAAGCAUUGGAGUCAGUAUGGACCAGCAUCCCUGUGGGAAGCAUUGGAGUCAGUAUGGGCCAGCAUCCCUGUGGGAAGCAUUGGAGUCAGUAUGGACCAGCAUCCCUGUGGGAAGCAUUGGAGUCAGUAUGGACCAGCAUCCCUGUGGGAAGCAUUGGAGUCAGUAUGGACCAGCAUCCCUGUGGGAAGCAUUGGAGUCAGUAUGGACCAGCAUCCCUGUGGAACGCUUUCCACACCUUGUAGAGUCCAUGCACUGAUGAAUUGAGGCUAUUCUGGGGGCAAAAGAGGGUGCAACUCAAUAUUAGGAAGGUGUUCCUAAUGUUUUGUACACAGUGUAUGGUUAUUCAACUGCAGGUGUUUAACGACCAUGCGCUUGUGCAGUUUAUUUCACACCUACACUGGUGUUGGAGUCAACACUUGCCCCAGAGGGGGACGGGGGAUUGAGGAUGAUUCUUGACUAUGAAACUGAAAUGAGGGGCUCAGAAAACGUGAAAUGGGUUUCAAUCAGACCUCAGGAAAACCAGGAUAAUAUGGCGUCAGGCAUCUGUAUGACAAGAUGCACCGGUAGCCUUUUUUCAUUUUUGUGCUGAUCACGUCCCUUGAAAUUCCUCACCCUAUCACUCACUUCUCUCUCUCUUUCACCUUUGCUGUCCCCUUCCAUUUUUUUAAUUGUCUCACUCGCUCUCUGGUCUGACUCACCUACUCUCUCCUCUGUUGUCCUGCCCUCUCUCUUUCCCCCUCUCUCUAUCCCCCUCCUUCCCCUUCCUGUCUCUAUGCUCUGACUCAUCUGCUCCCCUCCCUCCCUAUGCUCUGACUCACUCGCUCUGUGAUCUAUUCUCAGUGCUGGGCUGAUGGAGUGGCGGGGUUGCGUAAAAUGCAGACGAAUGCUGCCCACGUCAGCCAGGCACUGAGAGAAUCUAUGCAGAGGCCAGACCAGCAAAACUGGAUGAGAAACCUCACCAUGUACCUUUGAUUAAUGAAGAGUUUCCUUAUUAUUAUUAAAUAAAUACCAUGUUAAGAAA